AUCUGGUGAUCGUUCUCGCUGACGACAAGCUCUAUGGCAGGAGGAAGCUUCUGAGCAUCUGCGAUGAGGCUGUUUGCUGCGGUGCUGCAAGAUCAGUAUCAGCUGGGAACCAUCCUCGGACCGUAUCCUUCCAGAGCGUGAUCCUGCCAAUGCUACAAGUCAUUUGUCAGCCUGCGUUUUUCAACAACCCAGCAUCAAGCAAGGUGAACACAACCCUAGCAGCCAUCGCCGAGGUGGACGGCUUUCAAGACUACCUGGUCGCCUGCAUGAGGCUGCUCACCCAGCGCGGCAUGAUCCGCGACCUGGGGAGAUCAGACGGGGGAAGAGACGGGAGAGGAGACGACAAUGGUAUGAGGGAGUGGGACGUGGCGUUUGGCAUCGUGCUCAGCUUCUUUCAUGAAACCGUGCUGCGCUUCCACUCCUUGUUCGCCGCUGCACAGGCCAGCAGGGACCUACAGGAGCUGGAGGGUAUGCUGGAGAGGUGGCAGGGGGAGCAGCCGGUGUUUGAUGGCAGGUACCACCAUCUGCAAUCGGUCAUCUAUCGGCUGAGGAGGGCUGUUGAUGUGAGGAGCCACAGCGAGAGGCAGAAACGGAGGGCGGAGGAAGGGCAGAUGCUGCACGAAGACUUCUUCCCUUCAGGUCAGCGCCUCUCAAGCAUGCAAGCCGUGGAUGGGCCGGGUGAGCUCAGCCUGGCGGGCCAUCCACGGCAUGAUAACGACCAUGUCGACAUCUCAGCUAUCUCAGUGCCUCCAACAAUGGACGAGGUUCUCUGCAAGGCGUCACCAUACCUCCCACACAACCACGCCAGCGAGCCGCACCACCUGCCAGCAGGCUCGGUGGGACGCCACGUGGACAUCCAGUUCCGCCUGCUGCGCCACGACCUCAUCGCCCCCCUCUGGAGCAAGGCGCUCUUCCUCCUCCACCGCCUCAACCACGAAUCCUCCACGGCCGCCCGUGGCGAUGGCAGCAGCAACGGUGGUGGCGGUGGGACCGGCAGCUGGAGGAGUUGCGGCAGCAGUGCGGGCAGGGAGGAGGCGAUGGGGCUGGUGCGGGCGGACAGGGAGUUGGUGCGGGGUCUGACAGACGACAUGAAGGGCGUGGUGGGGUUCUCCUCCGAGGACAUGGACGUGUAUCUGCUCAGGGACGUGCACGUGCUGUCGAUCAACACUGAUAAGCGCAGCGGCGUGUACUUUCUAAUUGACUUUCUUGAGCCUCCCAUGCCGAGUGGUCGGCGCUCCCGUAAUAGGACGGAGUUCUGGGAGAACACGCGGAGGCUGCAGAAUGGCUCCCUCGUGUGCCUGUGGAUUCGAGACAUGCACCCCAGUCACAGCCAGCAGUGUCUGAGGGAGCGCAGGGAGCAAAGCAGCGCAGCAGAUGCAUCCUGCUCGCACCGCCUCGUGUUCGCGACCAUCACAGCGAGGGACACAGAGAGGCUUGCCACUGCCCGACCGCAGAUUGGAGUGCAGCCGUGUGGGGAGAAUGGCUUUAGUGCAGACCUGCUGGGGCUGAUCGCCCGGCACGGCAGUGCAGGCAGCGCAGGGAGCACGCAGGUGGUGAUGCUGGAGGCGCAUGGGAGCUUCUUUGCAUACGAGCCCAUUCUCAAGGCCCUGCAGGGCAUCACUGAGGCGUCGCUGCCCUUUGCUGAAUACAUCUGCGGGACACCUGUUAGAACACCUGGCGGGGCACCUGGCGGGGCUGCUGCGACUCUGGGGUAUACGCUGCCUGCGUACAUCGAAACAGGGAUGAUGUAUGACUUGAGCCUGCUGCUCAAGACGAAGCCCUCAUCUGCGCAGGCAGAGAAAGCUCCCGAGGACACAUUUGCCCUGAGUAACGUGCCGAUCUCCAACCCCACCUCCUUUCCCAUCGAUCCUGUCCUGCACUGCACCUCGCUGGACCAGCCCCAAGCCGUGGCUCUCCAGGCCGCCUUGACUCAGGAGCUUGCUCUGCUUCAGGGCCCACCAGGAACCGGCAAGACGUUUGUGGGGAUAAAGCUGGUGGAGAUCCUGUUGAGCAAUGCCCUCAAGAGCGCUGAUUCUGGAGGAGCAAGCAGUGGGGGCGGUGGACUGGGUCCCAUCCUAUGCGUGUGUUUCACCAACCAUGCGCUGGAUCAGUUCCUGGAGGGCCUCAUUGCCAGCGGCAUCAAGAACGUGGUGCGAGUGGGGGGAAGGAGCAGGUGCGAGUCGCUGCAGCAGUUCAAUCUCGCCACCAUCAUGCGAGACAUGCACCUGCACCACAGCCGCAGCUACAGGCAGUCGACCUACGAGGUGCACAGCAGGCUCAAGGAGGUGGAGGCGGUAAUCCGCACACACAGCGAUGCUCUGCAGCACCGCACGGACAAUGCCCUCUCGCUCACCUGGCGCUCCAUCGCCCCGCACCUCCUCGCCAACCACCCCGGCUACUUCUAUGCCCUCCAUGCUGCCAGCAAGGCGGCAGACAACGACGGUUUUCAGGAAGUGGGUGGGCAAGACAACUGGGGCCGAUGGAAGCGAGGGCUGCCAAAGAAAACUCCCUGCCGCAAAAAGGGAGCUUUUAACCAGGGAAGAGAUUCCGUCAGGCUUGAUUUACCUCCUCGAAUGAUGCAAACGGGGUUAGGGGACAGGGAAAAGGUGGGUGUAUCGACUGCCAGCAAUGAGGGGCCUACUCAGAAUCCGUAUGAAGCCUUGGGAAGGCUUGGAGGGGUUGAGGUUGGGGAGGGGUGGCAUGUGAGCAGCAAUGAGAGAGAUGACGGCGUGGGGGAUGAGCUGAGAGGGCUCGUUGAGCUCAUGUCGUCCAUCUAUGUUGAUGAUGAUGGGCAUGGGGAUGGUGAUGGGGAUGAUGGUAGUGAUGGGAGUGAUGAUGGGAAUGAUGGUGACGGUGAGGCGGUGGUGAGAAGGCCAAGACAUGUUAGAGGUGGCGGCAGUGGUGCCGCAGGAUGGGCCACAGGCAGUGGUGCUGCUGCUGGCUUGCACUCCUGGCUCGGGUAUGGGGCGCCAGGGGGAGCAGGGCUGGAGAGAGGAGCGGGAUUCGGAAAUGCGAGCAGUGGGGCAGAUAUAAGGGGAGGCAUGUGGGGAGGCCAGGGCGGGCAGCAGCAAGGAGGGGUGAGUGUGGAGGAUCUGUCCCAAGCAUUCGGUGACUUGGGCAACCAGACAGGCAGGGGCGAAUGGGAGGAGCAGGUGGAGGAGAAUCAGAUCGAGGAGAAUCAGAUGGAAUCAGAGGAGGUCGAUGAAAGGAGUGACCGAGGGGUGGAGGAGUUGCUGUGCGUGGCGGAUCCAUGGGCGACCAGUGCGCAGGAGAGGCGGAAGCUGCUGGAGCACUGGGUGGGGGAGUUGCGCGACACAGCGAACGCUGCAAUUGAGGCUGAGGUUGAGAACUUCGCAAGGAAGGUGAAGGAGCGCAGCGAGUUGCAGCAGAUGGAGGAGCUGGAGAUUCUAGAGCGAGCGCAGGUGGUGGGCAUGACCACGUCCGGGGUGGCCAAGAUGCAGCGCCUCAUCAUGGCGCUUGGCCCGCGCGUCGUCAUUGUGGAGGAGGCCGCUGAGGUGCUGGAGGCUCAUAUUCUCACCUCGCUCACCCCGCGCACCCAGCACAUCAUCCUCAUAGGCGACCACCUGCAGCUGAGGCCCAAGGUGGAGGUGUACGAGCUGAGCAAGGACUCACACAAGGGCUUCGACCUGGACGUGUCACUCUUUGAGCGCCUCGCGCUCUCCAGGCGCCUCCCCGUGUACACACUCGCCACGCAGCGCCGCAUGCGCCCCGAGAUUGCCGACCUCAUCCGCUGCACCAUCUACCCGGAUCUGCAGGACCAUCCCCUCGUGCGCGGGUACCCUGACGUGCGCGGCAUGGCGGUGAACCUGCACUUCUGGGACCAUGACUGUCCUGAGAGCGGCUUGGACGACUUCAACGAGGGCAAGUCCAAGUCCAACGACGGCGAGGCCGCCAUGGUGGUGGGGCUCGCCACGUACCUCUUACAGCAGGGGUACACGGGCGGCGAAAUCACCAUCCUCACGCCCUAUGUAGGCCAGCUGCUGAAGCUGCGCCAGGCGCUUUCCCAGGUGGUGGAUGUGCGGCUGGGGGAGAGGGAUGCAGAGCAGGUGGAGAAGGUAGAGGAGAAGGGUGGAGCUGGGGAAGGUGGGGCUGAGGCGGGGGAGGGUGGACGUGGGGGAGGGGCGUCUGGAGGGUCGUGGGUGGCGGGGAAGGGGUUGGGGGUGGGUCUGGAUCCCAGUGCUCCCAAGGCGACGACAGCGAAUCUCAAGGAUGCAGUGCGGUUGGCCACGGUGGACAAUUUCCAGGGAGAGGAGAGCACGGUGGUGAUCAUAUCCCUCGUGCGCAACAACAUGGACGGCAAGAUUGGCUUCCUCAAGAGCCCCAACCGCACCAACGUGCUGCUGUCCCGCGCCAAGCACGGCAUGUACAUCAUUGGCAACGCGAGCACCAUGAGGGCGAGCUCCAAGUCCGUCCUCUGGCCGCGAAUUCUGACCAUCCUGCAGAGCAGGGGGCGUGUGGGGCGGUCCAUUCCCCUGCGGUGUGUGAACCACAGCGACACAGUGACGCACAUCCAUGACGCGAGGGAGUUCAAGGAGAAGGCCAGCGAGGGCGGGUGCUCCCAGAUGUGCGGCUUCCGCCUCACCCCCUGCGGUCACACGUGCCCCCGCAGAUGUCAUGGCGACGACAGGGCACACGCAAGGGCGUUUUGCCCCAAGGAGUGCAGCCGGAUCCGCCCUCUGGAGGAGUGUCCGUACCAGCACACUUGCCCCAAGCAGUGUGGGGAGGCCUGUGGCCCCUGCACCGUCACCAUCAGAGCGCUCACUCUCCCGUGUGGGCAUCCCGCCUUCAAUGUUCCGUGCUUCCAAGCUCAGAAGCCAACCUCCAUCUUCUGCCCGGAGAGAGUGGAGGUGACGAUGCCACUGUGCGGGCACAAGCAAACUGUGAAGUGCAGUGAGGCGGCAAUCAGGACAAGCAACCCCAAGCUCUGCACGGCUCGCUGUGGGGCUGUACUCGAGGAUUCCUGUGGGCACACCUGCAUCUCCCCUUGUGGCCUCUGCAUCAUUGACCCAGCUGCCACUGCAGAGGUCCAGCAGGCAGAGCCACAGCAGCAGAUACAGGUGCAGCAGCAGCAGCAGGUGGAAAGGAAGCACAGGAAGUGCAUGCAGCGGUGUGAGCGGCCCCUCCCCUGUGGCCACCUGUGCCCCGACACCUGCCACAGCGACCGACCCUGCAACCCCUGCACGCGCAAGUGCCUCGUUUCCUGCCAGCAUAGCUCCUGCCCGCAGCCCUGCCACCGCACCUGUGCCCCAUGCGCCGAGCCCUGCGGGUGGCGCUGCGUUCACCAAGGGGCGUGCUCCCUCCCCUGCGGCGCCCCCUGCGACCGCCUUCCCUGCGAGCAGCGGUGUGCGAAAACGCUGAAAUGUGGCCACCAGUGUCCGUCUCUCUGUGCUGAGAAAUGCCCUUCUGAGGCGUUUUGCACGGCUGCUGGGUGUGGGGCAGCGGAGAAGAAAGGGAUGACAGUGGAUCUAGUCACACUGGAGACGCUGGGGGAGAUUGAUCCGGAUGAGAGCCCUGUGGUUGUACUGGGAUGCGGACAUGCUUAUACAGUGGAUACUCUGGAUGGCCACAUGGGGUUGAACCAGGCGUAUUUAGAGGCGGGUGGUGGGGCUGGUGGGGCAACUGGGGGUGCGAGUGGGUCUAGUGGUAUGAGUGAAGGUGGAGGGGAGUGUGGGCGCAAGUGGGUGGCAGUGCUACCGUUUGAGGAUGGUGAUUUGUCCAUGCUCAAGGGCUGCCCGGAGUGCCGUCAGCCAAUCACAGGGCUCCGCCGGUACGGCAGGAUGGUCAACAAGGCCCUGCUGGACCAAUCAGAGCGCAAGUUCGCGCUCAGCUGCUUGGCAGACCACGAAGUGGUGCAGAGGAAGCUAGCGCGGUUGAGCCAGGUGAUUUCAUCACUCACAGAACCCGCUCAGCCCAGGCGGCUGGGGGAGGUAGCUCAGGCGGCAGCACGCCUGGUGCAUGAGGGAGGCCAGCUGUGUGCUACCGCUGCUAACCCACCAACGCAGCAGACCUACCAGGCAUCUGUAGCAGCCCUGCAGAGACAGCACUACCUUUUCGGGCACAGGUCCCGCGGGACAUAUAGCAGUGGCAGCGGUGGGUGGGUUGCAGUCGAUGGCAGCGGGAAGGGCAGGCAGGUUCGUGCAGGCUCAUCUGAAUCCACAUGGGAGGAGGAGUGCCAGCUGCUCUAUGUCCCCCGCCCAGACCCCAGGCCCCUCUGUGAGGCCCGUAUGAUGCUGGGGAAAGCCUUUCAGCUGCUCAUGGCUGCCAACUUCCUCCAACUGCGGAACCUCCUUGGGAAUCUCCGGAAGACUGUGGCUGGCACGAGCGGGGAGAGCAGCAGCAGAAGCAGGAAGGUGGUGUAUCUGACCCGCUGUGUGGAGAGGUGCAGGGAGGUGGUGCGUACGAGUGUGAGGAACGCGGAGAUGCAUGUGGUGGAGGCGGUGGAGUGGGCUGGUAAGCGCAAGGCGGUGCGGCUGGAGGCGAGGGCGCGGCUGGAGCUGGUAGAUGUGUUGCGAGCGUUCGUGGAGGGCUUGAUGGCGGAACGCAUGCUCUCCAACACCCCGACUGCCCUGGAUAUGAUAAAGAGGCAGCAGCUGGAGUACCUCAAAAAGGCCAAGACACAGUGCGGCAUGGUGGCCUUCCACCACUUACUCUCCAUCAGAGACGAGGCCACCCUUGGGAAAAGCGCUCGAAAUCUACUCAAUGAGGAUCUGCCUGCUCUAGAAGCAUCUGUUGAGGAUGCGCCUCGUUAUUUCACCCUUACCGAGCGUGAAAAGGGUGACGUGUACAGAGCAAUAGGCCUGGGAGGAGGGCACUGGUAUCGGUGCCCGAACGGGCAUGUGUAUGUGAUAGGGGAGUGUGGCAGGGCAUGGGUGGAGUCUCGUUGUCCUGAAUGCAAUGAGGUGGUGGGCGGGAGAGGGCAUGUGCUGCGUGAAGGCAAUGCCAGUGCAUCUGACUUCUUCCGAGGGGCUUGA